AUGCGCAAAGACGUUGGAGGUUGUUUCUGGUGUCCUGUGUAUGCUUUAGGCGAGACUUGUUUUAUUCUAAGACUUGACAAAUCUCCAGGAUUUCCAUGUUUCCUCCAGAGAUCUCUAGUUAUUAUCAGCACUUUGGAUGGACGAAUUGCUGCACUGGAUCCAGAAAACAGUGGGAGAAAACAGUGGGAUCUGGAUGUGGGAUCAGGUUCUCUUGUGUCAUCCAGUCUCAGUAAACCAGAGGUAUUUGGAAAUAAGAUGAUAAUCCCUUCCUUGGAUGGGGACCUUUUCCAGUGGGAUCGGGAUCGAGAGAGCAUGGAAGCGGUUCCUUUCACAGUUGAAUCUCUUCUCGAGUCAUCCUACAAAUUUGGCGAGGAUGUUGUCUUAGUUGGGGGAAAGUCUUUGACGACCUAUGGGCUGAGCUCAUACUCAGGGAAGGUGAAGUACAUCUGCUCAGCUAUGGGCUGUCGCCGGUGGGAUGACGAUGAAACAGAGCAGGAAGAGACACUCCUAUUACACCGAACCCAGAAAACAGUCCGUGCUGUUGGACCACGCAGUGGCAAUGAAAAGUGGAAUUUCAGCGUUGGUCACUUUGAGCUGCGCUAUGUCCCAGAUAUUGAAACUAGAGCAGGAUAUAUUGAGAGCAAUUUUAAAUCAAAUAUGAACAAGGAAGAAACAAAAAUUAUUUCGGAUGUGGAUGAGCAGGAAGCCAUGAUGAAAGAUACAGUGAUAAAGGUCUCAGUAGCUGACUGGAAGGUGAUGGCUUUUAACAAACAAGGAGGACAUCUGGAAUGGGAAUACCAGUUUUGCACUCCAAUUGCUUCUGCAUGGCUGGUUAAGGAUGGCAAAGUAAUUCCAAUCAGUCUAUUUGAUGACACAAGUUACACUGCGAACAAUGAAGUAUUGGAAGAUGAGGAAGAUCUUGUGGAAGCUGCCAGAGGGGCCACAGAAUCCAGUGUCUAUUUGGGUAUGUACAGGGGCCAGUUGUAUCUUCAGUCAUCAGUCAGAAUUUCUGAGAAAUUCCCAACCAACCCAAAGGCUCUGGAAUCCAGGAACGAUAAUGCAAUUAUUCCUCUCCCCAAAGUCAAAUGGAAACCUUUAAUCCAUUCUCCUUCCAGGACUCCAGUGUUGGUGGGGUCUGAUGAGUUUGAUAAGUGUCUCAGCAAUGACAAGUAUUCUCACGAAGAGUACAGUAAUGGAGCACUUUCAGUCCUGCAGUAUCCAUAUGAUAAUGGUUAUUACUUACCCUACUACAAGAGAGAGAGAAAUAAACGUAGCACCCAGAUCACUGUCAGAUUUUUUGAUGAUACAAAUUACAAAAACAUUCGCAAAAAAGAUCCUGUUCUUCUGCUUCACUGGUGGAAAGAAAUUGUUGGCACCAUUGUAUUUUGCAUUGUGGCCACAACUUUUAUUGUACGCAAACUCUUCCAUCCCCAUCCUUACAGCAGACUGCGGAAGGAAUCUGAAACACAGUGUCAGACUGAUAGUAAAUAUGAGCCCACUUGUGGAGAUGUUAAAGACAGCAGCUGGAGUGAUGUCAAGAACUCUGGAUACGUGUCAAGAUACCUGACAGAUUUUGAACCAAUUCAGUGUCUGGGUCGUGGAGGUUUUGGAGUAGUUUUUGAAGCCAGAAAUAAAGUGGAUGACUGCAACUAUGCUAUCAAACGUAUCCGUUUACCUAACAGGGAGCUGGCUCGUGAAAAGGUGAUGCGGGAAGUCAAAGCGUUAGCUAAACUUGAGCAUCCAGGUAUUGUUCGGUAUUUUAACGCGUGGCUGGAAGCUCCACCUGAGAGAUGGCAGGAAAAGAUGGAUGAACAGUGGUUAAAAGAUGAAAGCACCGAUUGGCCACUCAGUUCUCCCAGUCCGGUGGAUGUCCCAUCAUUUAAGAUCAGAACAGAGCCAUUUUCUACAAAGGAGCACAUUGAAGUUAUUGCCACUUCAUCGGAAAGGGUAAGGUCCGUAGGAAUACCCUGUGGUCAGUCCGAUUCAUCUGGAAGCCAGUUUUCUCCUCUGGAAUUUUCUGCCAUGGACAACAGGGACAACCAGUCAGAAGAUCCGCUAUUAAACCUUCAGGACAGUGUCCUUACAGGCUGUGAUGUAGAAGACAGUACUAUCAAUAAUAAUGAGCUGGAUCACUCCUUGGAAAUUUGCUCUUCAGCUGUUCCUGUUGUACACCUGAGGGAAGGGACCUCCUCUUCUAUUGUGUUUGAGGAUUCUGGUUGUGGAAAUGCUUCUAGUAAGGAGGAUAAAGUUGAUGUUUCGCAUGAUGAGAGUCUUCCUGAGGAUAAGGCAAAAAGUACAAAGGAAUCUGAUAACAAGAAGUCUGCUUCAGGAAGUCCCCUCUCUGUUUCUCCACCAAGGCCAACAAGUUUAAGCCUGGACCUUUCUAAAAAUACUGCAGAAAAAGUCAAGCCCACCUCUCCAAAGGUGUAUCUUUACAUCCAGAUGCAGCUCUGCCGGAAAGAGAACCUUAAAGACUGGAUGAGCAGAAGAUGCAUGAUAGAGGAGAGGGAAAGGACAGAGUGUCUGCAGAUAUUUCUGCAGAUAGCUGAAGCAGUUGACUUUCUGCAUAGCAAAGGAUUAAUGCACAGGGAUCUCAAGCCUUCCAAUAUAUUUUUCACAAUGGAUGACAUAGUAAAGGUUGGGGAUUUUGGACUGGUAACUGCUAUGGACCAAGAUGAGGAGGAGGAAUCGGUACUUACCCCAAUGCCAGCUUAUGCCAGGCACACAGGACAAGUAGGGACCAAACUCUACAUGAGCCCAGAACAGAUCUGUGGGAACACCUAUUCACACAAAGUGGAUAUCUUUUCUCUGGGACUCAUUCUCUUUGAGCUGCUUUACCCUUUCAGCACACAGAUGGAGAGAGUCAGGACCUUAAGCGAUGUUAGAAAUUUGAAGUUUCCACCAUUGUUCACUCAGAAAUAUGCACAAGAGUACACCAUGGUGAAGGACAUGCUUUCUCCAAGUCCCACUGAAAGACCAGAGGCUGCAGCAAUCAUUGAAAAUCCUGUAUUUGAAGACUUGGAACUCCCACCAAAACCAGUGCUUAGGCAGAGGUCACGGACAAUGAGUUUAUCAGGAAAUAAGCAUUCCAGACAACCAAGCAAAUAACUAUCCUCAGGAUGACUUCUUCCACUCGGCAUGUUUUACAGGGAUUGUACAGCAGAAGGAUCCUAUGAUGCAGAAUGUCUAUCUUGGAAAUAGUUUACUUAAAACUUUUUUUGCCAUGUUUAAUGUAUAAGACGUGUUGGACAGAUUUUCAUUUACUUUGACAGCCAACGAAAGCCAGUAACCACACUUUUCACAUUCCAUUUUUCUUACCUUAGCUCU